UAAAGACAACCAAGAACACGAAUAAGCACUUUUAAAGACUUGUUACCCUAUGGCACAGCCGAGAAGUGUGAGAACCAAAAAUUUCCUCUGUGUUUAUAUUUUCACAAUAACCCUCCACCAUGCGGUGCUUCCUUCUGCAGAAAACAGAUAUACAACAGACUAUUCAAAGCGGUUCCUAGAUGCUGUUCCUAAAAAUCUCCCAGCAGAAACAGUGGUGUUGGAUUUGUCACAGAACAGUAUCUCUGAACUUGGGACUUCUAAUUUUAAUUACCUUUCCAAAUUACGCAUACUAAAGCUGGCUCAUAAUUUUAUCAGAGACCUCAAUUUCAGUAUCUUCCAGUACAACCAGAAUUUAGAGUACAUUGAUUUAUCCCAUAACAAACUGUGGACCGUUUCAUGCCAUCCUAUUACACGCCUCCGUCACUUAAAUCUCUCUUACAAUCACAAUCUAUCCAUGGCCAUGUUGUCUGGAUUUGGCAAAAUGUUGAAGCUGGAAUAUCUUGCCCUGAGUGCUAGAAGAAUACAGAAGCCAGAUUUCAGUGCUCUUGCUCACUUACAACUGGAUACUCUGUUCUUGGAUCUGGAAGACCUCUCUGAAUAUAAAGCUGAAAAUCUACUGGCAUUCAACGCAACGAAUCUUCAGAUCAUUCUCCCCCAAAAUAAAGAAUUCCAUAUUGUUUUGAAUCUAGACCUGAAUACUACAGUAGGUUUAGAACUUUCAAAUAUACAAGAUAAUUGUGUCAAUGACUUGAAAGCCCUUUUGCUUAAACUCAACAGAAAUGUAAGGCUGCGAUAUUUAACACUGAGUCACAUGAAAACAACCUUGACGAAUGUCAUUUAUUUUUUUCAGAAUAUUCGGAGAACCACCAUUGAGCAUUUCAAUAUAUAUCACCUCAGCAUUUCACAGUUAGCCGAACGUUUUAGAGUUCCUGAUUAUACUGAAACUUCACUAAAAUCUUUGACAAUUAAACAUGUAAAGAUUGAGGAUACGAGAUUUAGCCAACCUGAUGUGUACAAAUUAUUUUCUGAGAUGAACAUUCCAACCUUGACUCUUUCCAAUGCAAAUGCAAUACAUAUGCUGUGCCCACUGAAGCCCAGUCAUUUUACCUAUUUAAGUUUUGCUCAUAAUUCUAUAACAGACGAGCUUUUUGAAGGGUGCAGUAGCCUAAAUCUUCUUGAAACCCUUGUUCUACAAAGGAAUCAAUUUAAAAAACUUACCAAAGUGAGUUUAAUGACCAGCCACAUGAAGUCUCUGAAAUAUCUGGACAUGAGCCAGAAUUUAUUGCAACACGAAGUCCAUGAGAAAGGGUGCCACUGGGGUGAAAAUCUGGUGGAACUGAAUUUGUCAUCCAACCUGUUGUCCGAUUCCGUCUUUCACUGUUUGCCAGUCAACAUCCAAAAGCUUGAUCUACAGAACAACCAAAUUUCAAGUAUCCCCCGCAUGACUGUUGAGCUCAGAGCUCUGGAAGAGCUGAAUUUGGCUUCUAAUAGGCUGACUGACCUGCCUGGGUGUGGUCAGUUUAGGAGUCUGAGAUCACUGUAUACAGAAAUGAAUUCAAUAGUCACACCCUCUUCCCAAUUCUACCAUACCUGUCAGAGCAUCAGAGAAGUAAAAGCAGAGCACAAUCCCUUCAUGUGUUCCUGUGAAAUACGAGAAUUAAUUGAUCUUAGAAAACAAGGAUUGGUGGUAUUGGUUGGCUGGCCCGAGUCUUAUCGGUGCGAAUACCCAGAAGAUGUACGAGGAACCCAGUUACAGGAUUUUCAUGUCUCUGAACUUGUCUGCAACACGACACUUUUGGUUGUUGUAGUUCUCGUUAUUACAGUGGUCUUUGCAGCUAUCAUUUCCUUCCUGUGCAUCUGUCUGGACAUCCCUUGGUAUUUGAAGAUGAUGUGGCAGUGGACUCAAGUGAAACACAGGAUUUGGAAAAAUAGCCCCGAAGACGUUCUUGAUAAUAUAGAAUUCCAUGCGUUUAUCUCGUAUAGUGAGCGUGAUUCUGACUGGGUGAAGAAUGUCUUGAUUCCAAACUUGGAGAAGGAGGAUGGCUCCGUACAGAUCUGCCAGCACGAAAGGAACUUCAUUGCCGGCAAGAGCAUUGUUGAGAAUAUCAUAGACUGCAUUGAGAAAAGUUACCGAUCCAUCUUUGUGUUGUCUCCCAAUUUUGUGCAGAGUGAAUGGUGUCAUUACGAGCUCUACUUUGCCCAUCACAAGCUAUUCCAAGAAAAAAACAACAGUUUAAUCCUCCUCUUGCUGGAACCAAUCCCACCCUACAUCAUUCCUGCAAAAUAUUACAAACUAAAAGCUCUCAUGGCGAAGAGGACCUACUUGGAAUGGCCCAAGGAGAAGAGCAAGCAGGGACUUUUCUGGGCGAAUCUUAGGGCAGCUAUUCAUGUUAAGCUUUUAUGUGGUGAAGAUAUAGCUGAGCUGCAGAUGUAA